CGCCCGGCGUAUAUUCGUUUCUCGCCAGUGUCAGUGCAGCCGCGAGAUACGCGCACCGUGUUUGGCGCCCUUUGCCACUUUAUGUGAUCUCAUUCAGAAACUCAUAUCCUGACAAAUUGAUUAAGUAAGUGAAGAUGGCAGAAGAGACCGCUAAGGCCCAGGAAACCGUAGAGAACUUGACGCAGGAGGUGAAGGACGUUAAGCUGGAAAAUGGAGCCGCGCCCGGUGCCGCCGGCGCAGCCAACGGAACGUCGCCCAAGAGCAACGACAAUGCAUUACCGUUUAAGGACGCAUUUAAAGCCUUCUCCAAAUUCGGGGACCCGAAAUCAGACGGCAAACUCAUCACUCUAUCGCAGAGCGACAAAUGGAUGAAACAGGCUAAAGUAAUCGACGGUAAAAAGAUCACCACCACAGACACUGGCAUUUAUUUUAAGAAACUCAAGUCCUUGAAAGUAGGCGUCGACGAUUACCAGAAAUUCCUCGACGAACUUGCGAAGAACAAAAAAGUGGAGCUCGAUGAGAUAAAGAGGAAAUUAACAACGUGUGGGCAGCCAGGGGUGUCCAGCCAUGUGACGAAAUCACAAGCUGCCGCAGCGGCAGUAGACAGAUUGACGGAUACCAGCAAAUACACUGGAUCACACAAACAACGGUUCGACGAGACAGGGAAAGGCAAAGGCAUCGCUGGCAGGAAGGACGUCGUCGAUGCUUCGGGCUACGUGUCUGGCUACCAACAUAAGGACUCCUACGACAAGUCACAUUAACUGCACAUAGGUGUUAAACUAACAUGAACACCUACAAAACGAAAAGGAGAUUGUAAACUUUGAGCCCCAAUUUGCGCAUGGCGUUGACAAUAACAGAAACUUUUUAUCACAAAUGAAGCACUCAACGUUUCUGUAUGUUAACGACGUAAUAACUGCUAAUGUAAGCGUAAUUUAAGUGACUUUAGAAGGGUAUAAGUAACAGAAAUGAUCUUUCGUGAUACAGAUAAGACCCUGAAAUGACGAUUUCUUAAUCGACCAUCUUUAUCACUUGUAAGUUGUAAUAGAACAUUCGUAAUUUUUGUAUAUUUCUCUAAGUACAUGGUACUAGUUUUGAUUAGUUUCUUUCGCGUUUAACAAUGGAGCUUUGUGUGUCGUGCGAUAAAGACAUUCCUUCUCGUAGUUUUGAGUAUAUAUCGAUGUGUACUAUUAGAUGAUAAUAAAUAAGGUCCAUUCCGAUAUUUUUGCAAUACAAAAUUUAUAUGAUAUCUAUAUAGGUGUCUAAUGUUUAAUACAUAGUCGGUCAGUACAUUUGGAACCAUUGUAUCCGUAAGUCCACAAUUAUAAUGGCACUUAUAUGCCUAAAUGUGAGAGUAUUUAAAUUUAUAGACAGUGAGUGAAUCGUUCUUAUUAAAAAAUA